AUGGCUUAUUCUUUCUACUCUUUUGCAAUCUCUUUGUUCAUUUUCUUAUUUGCCACACACCUUCCAAUUCUAGCAUGGUGUAGUGGCAGUGGGUUUUCGGUUGAGCUCAUCCAUCGCGACUCCCCCAAGUCGCCGCUAUAUGACCCAGAUUCCACACAUUCCUCCCGCAUCCGUGCAGCUGCUGAGCGCUCUCGUUCUCGUGCCAUCUACUUUCGCAAUGCUAUCCACAAGGCUCGUCUAUCUUCCUCUGCACUUCCCAUGGACGAUGCUAAUAACUUCUACUCAGAUAUCACCCCAAGCAACUUCGAGUACCUCAUGAGCUUCUACCUUGGCACUCCAGCCAAAAAAGUUCUCGCCAUCGCCGACACGGGCAGCGAUCUCAUAUGGGUCCAGUGUGUCCCGUGCAAAGAAUGCUACAACCAGAGUGCCCCUCUUUUUGAUCCACAAUCUUCCUCUACCUACAAAACAAUCCCCUGCAAUACUGACUCUUGCUCACUGCUACCACAGAGCAGUUGCGGCUCCUCCUCCCAUUGCGACUAUCAAUAUGGAUAUGGCGACAAGUCAAUCGUUGAAGGCUAUCUCUCUACAGAAAUAAUAGGCUUUGACUCUAAUGGUGGACGUCCAAUACAAAUCCCCACAAUUCUCUUUGGGUGCACUCAUCAGAGCAAUGGCACAUUUGACAAGAAUGAAGCUGGACUAGUUGGCCUGGGUGGAGGAAAGCUCUCUCUCAUCCGCCAGCUAGGCUCCACCAUUGGCAACAAGUUUUCAUAUUGCUUGCCCUCAUUAGAUAAAACCUCUACAACGAGCCAACUCAACUUUGGCUCUAAUGCAGUCGUCUCUGGCGAUAACGCCAUUACCACGCCCUUGAUCUCUCGUUCACCAGACACCUUUUAUUUCCUUAGCCUUGAGCAUAUUAGUGUGGAUGGCAAGACCAUCAUUGUUGGGAAUCCCAUGCCAGAAAAUGGGUUUUCCCAAGGAAACACCAUCAUCGACUCAGGCACAACUCUCACACUCAUUAAUGAUAAUACACUGCAAUCUGUGGAGAGUAGCGUGAGGAGUAGCAUCAGCCUUCCCCAAGUCAAUGAUCCAAUUGGUGUUUUCAACCUUUGCUUUGAUGUCUCCAAGACAGGGACUUCAAUUCAUUUUCCAGAGAUCAUCUUCCAAUUUUCCGGUGGUGCAUCAGUGGUCUUGCAACCACCCAAUGCAUUUGUGGAGACCGGGCAAGAUAUUUUGUGCCUUGCCAUGGUCUCUAGUGGUGCCACCGCUGAUUCUAUCAAUAUAUUUGGUAAUAUUGCACAACAAAACUUCCAUAUUGGCUAUGACCUCACAAACAUGCAACUAACAUUUGCACCGACCAACUGUGCCAUACAAUAG